AUGCCUAAUAAAGGUUGCGGUGAAACUUCAUUAUUAUUAUCAUCAGAAGAUGAACUCGCGAAAAAGAGAAAGGAAACGAUAUUGAUGAAAGCCAAAUCGAAAUCUAUGAAUUCGGAGAGAGUCGAAAGCGGCGGCGGCGGCUGCGGAGGUGGUGACGACGACGACGACGACGACGACGGAAAAACGAAUGCGGCGGGUAAAUGUGACGUCAACCGAACAUUUUCCGAUAAGAAGAAUUACAAUGGCAAUAAAUCGCAAAAGAUGAAAAUGAAAAUAAAAAGGCAAGCGUCGUUGGAAGAACAAUUUCCGGGAGUCGGCGGAAGUAACAAGGAAACGGAGGAAAGUUUAAAGAAGGAAACGGAGGAGAAAGACGGCGGAAGGAUUCCGUCGGCGGAACACGCCGCGGACGAAGUGUCGAAAAAUCAAGAGAGAAAAUAUCAGUUUUUGGAAGAUUUAAAAGUUCCCAAAAUUGAAAUAAUGAGAAAAAAUGGCGUGAGCGAAAGUUUGAAAGGUCUCAAGGAAUACGGGAUAAUAUCGCCCAACAGUUCGAAACUCCGGGAAAGGUUUUCCCGGUCGAAAAUAUUAAAACAAGAUUCGAAAAAUUUGAGCGUGGAAUUGUCGAAGAGUUCCGACAGCGGGAUCGGAGUGUCCCGGAGCACGGAAGACGAAGCCAUCAAAACGUCGGAAAGCGUCAUUUUUAGAUUUUUCGACAUAGGGCCCGACACGAGACUCAACAAAUCGGAUUCGGAGAGGAGUCCGAAUUUUCUAGACACUGUGAGCUUGUUCACGAGAUCUCGAUCGCACGAGAGAUCCGUUUCGUCGGAUUCGAGCGAUAAAAAUUUGUCGGAUAUCGAUAAGCCGUCGAUAAAAAUUCGCAAAAGGCACGAGUAUUCGGAGAGUCGGGAUUCGAGUUCGUCGUACGAGGGUAGCAUAUUUGACGCCCACAUAUCGAACAGAGUUCGGAAACUUCACGAAGUUGCCUUAAAACAAAUGUCGGAAGAAAGUGCGAGAAAAUUAGAGAAUCAAAAAAGAGCGGUCGAUUUUAAAUAUUCCGUUGAAUUCGGGAGUUACGAUAGCAUACCCGUCGGUAAAACGCAGUCGCUCACGAAAGUGAGAAAAUUCAAAAGUCUCGAAAGAACGGAUUCGGCCGUGAGGGGGAGUCACCACGGGAAAAGUGAACACGACGAAGAGGAAGAGAACUGCGGAAGAGCGACGGGUGAAAAUCUCGGGAAAAACAAAACGAGAUUGAAAAAACAAGACAGGCUUGAUAAAAAGGUCACGAUGAAAGAUAAGAGAAAUAAUUUCAGUCGGGAAUCGAGUUUGUCGACGGAAAGGAAAAAGGAAAAAAGGCUCCGGGGAUUUUUGAAAAAUCGCAAUAGUAAUAACAAUAGCAGUGGUGGUGGUAGUGGUAGUGGUAGUAUUAAUAAAGACGCGAGAGAAGAGGAAAGCGAUGACAACGUCGACGUCGUCGACGGUUCACCGGAUCCCCGGGAUAGUAAUAAUAAAGAUCCCAAAGUCAAAGACGAGAUGUCGAUGCAGAAAAGGCUAUCGAGAAAGGAUAAGAAAUCAUUGAAGAAACCGAAGAGAGCUCUGUCGGAAGAACACUGUCGGAGUCGGAGAGAAAAAUCCCUGUUGUUUUCCAUAACGGGAGGGAAAAGGAGGUCGGAUUCGGAAACGAGGCACGAUUAUGAUUGA